AUGUCCCCGCCCCGCGUCCCCGCCUUCCUACGGCUCCUGACCGCCUGGACGGCCUCGCGUGGACACCAGCUCUGGGGACAGGGGCGCUGCCGCCCAGGACCCCGGGGUGUCCACACUACACGCCCACCCCUUGUCUGCGAUGCGUCCUCCUCCACCAUCCCUACGGCCCCCACGAGCUCACCUGCUGCCCCCCCCGUGUUUCUCCACCCAGUCCCCUUCCCCAUCUUUCCUGGCUUCCCUGUACCCGUACCCCACUUCUGUGUAUGCCCAGUGUGGGCUCCUGCUCCAGCCACCACCCGCAUGGAGCCUCUGUUCCCUACAGCCUCCACCUUUGGACCAUGUGGCUGGAACAUCUCCCUGGUGGCCCCUGCGGACGAUGAGAAUGAGACUCUGGUUAGACCAGUGGGAUCCCCGGGGGCCCGAGCGGUCCUCGUCCCCGUGCUGUACCUGCUGGUGUGCGCUGUGGGGCUGGGUGGCAACGCGCUGGUCAUCUACGUGGUCCUGCGUUACGCCAAGAUGAAGACGGUCACCAACAUCUACAUCCUCAACCUGGCGGUGGCCGACGUCCUCUUCAUGCUGGGUCUGCCCUUCCUGGCCACGCAGAACGCUGUGUCCUAUUGGCCCUUCGGCUCUCUGCUUUGCCGCCUGGUCAUGACGCUGGACGGCAUCAACCAAUUCACCAGCAUCUUCUGCCUGACCGUCAUGAGCGUGGACCGCUACCUGGCCGUGGUGCACCCCAUCCGCUCCACCAAGUGGCGCCGGCCCCGCGUGGCGAAGCUCACCAGCGCAGCCGUGUGGACCUUCUCGUUGCUCAUGUCGCUGCCCCUGGUGGUCUUCGCCGACAUCCAGGAGGGCUGGGACACUUGCAACCUCAGCUGGCCGGAGCCCGUGGGGCUGUGGGGCGCCGUCUUCAUCAUCUACACCUCGGUGCUGGGCUUUUUCGGGCCGCUGCUUGUCAUCUGCCUGUGCUACCUGCUCAUCGUGGUCAAGGUGAAGGCCUCGCGCGUGCGCGUUGGCUGCACGCGGCGCAGGCGCUCCGAGCGCAAGGUGACGCGCAUGGUGGUGGUGGUGGUGGUUGUGUUCGUGGGCUGCUGGCUGCCCUUCUUCAUCGUCAACAUCGUCAACCUGGCCUUCAUCCUGCCCGAGGAGCCCGCGUCUGCAGGGGUCUACUUCUUCGUUGUCAUCCUCUCUUACGCCAACAGCUGCGCCAACCCCAUCCUGUACGGCUUCCUCUCCGACAACUUCCGCCAGAGCUUCCGGAAGGUUCUGUGCCUACGAAAGGGCUACGGGCCGGAGGACGCCGACGUCACGGAGCCCAGGCCGGACAAGAGCAGUCGCCUGCAGGAGGCCUCGCUGCCCGACCGCGGCCUCCAGGCCAACGGGCACAUGCAGACCAGCACGCUGUGA